CAACUCGGGCGCGCUGAUAAGAGCCGCGCGAAGAGAUAACGUGUAUCCUUUGGCGGACUUAGCAGUCGCCGAUGGGCGGAUGACAAGCGCAGAGCCUCAGCGGUUGUUAAGCACGUCGAACCCUUGCUCCUAGCCCUGCAGAGCGACGCCAGCGAAGCUGUCGUAAACGUUAUUACGGAACCACGAUGACUGCUGGAGCGACUCGGAAGAAGAUAUGCUUUCUCGCGGUCGUGCUGUGCUGUGCAGUACCUGCCGCUGCUACCUCUGCCAACUCGACCGCUGAAAAGUCGCUCACCUCAGCGAACGCGCUCGAUGAUCCAGCUGCGAACGGCACAGAGUUGGCGAAUGCGACCUGGUGCGUGGGCCACAGGCCAUCCUUCACUGUGAACAGCUCUUCUAGCGCCGUGAAUGUCAUCCUGGACGAGCCGCAGGGCGAGGAUCAGUGGACCUGUGUGUGCGCCAUCAACACGCUGCUGGCGCCCCGCAUGAAGGAGAUCGCGUGCUCGAGAGACGACUCCGUCCGGACACCACCACUGUGCCGCGGUGUGAGCGGCAGUUCCAGAACCAUCUACAUCGGAAGCCUCACGGCGGAGACCAAAUACACUGUCUGCGUGCGCUAUCUUUGCGCGGGAGAGAACGCCAGCGCUGUCGCCUGUCAGCCCACUACAACAGAACCCAUACCGAAGAGCCAGCCAGCGCCACCGACGCCAUUCGAAAUGACCGUCAGUGUCGUCGCCUCCAGCAACACGGCCAACGUGACGUGGAGCACGAGCGAAGUUGCUGCUCACGGGUUUACCGUGUCGCUGUGGAAGCCGGUCACGCACAGCGCCCAUGACCAGGAGCCCGUUAGUUUGAUCAAGACCAGAGAGCCCCACUGCGAGUUCCGUAAUCUGGAACCGUACACACUUUACAAGGUGGAAGUGAGCACCGUCGCGCCGUAUGGUGGAAUCGUAGCCAACGAAACCAUCUUCAAGACGCAGCCUGGAGUGCCCACAGCCCCACGGAACCUGCGGCUGACAGGCAUAUCCAGCACUGCGAUAAGUCUGGAGUGGUCAGCACCGCAAGGUCUACGCGGCCCCUUGUUCGGCUACACGGUCUUCUACGGACCGGCACGCGAGCAUCAGAAGCGCAGCUCUCUGGAGACGCACAACACUUCGGUGACCGUGACGCAUCUAACCCCGAACACCUUCUUUGAGGUGUACGUCAAGGCGUUUAACAAGCUGCACGACGGCACAGAGGUGGCCAGCGUUCCGGCCCGCAUCGAGGUCAAGACGAGCAUCGGCGCCCCUUCCAAGAUCCAGAACUUGCGCGUGGUUAGCCGCUCCGCGAGCACGGUGGUGGUGAGCUGGAGCGCGCCACUCAAGUCCAACGGGCCCUUGGACGGCUACGUCGUGCAUUGGUGCAACCACAGCAGCGAUGGCCACGACAACUCGAGCUACGACGACUGGAUGGCGAAACUGACCAACCACUCCGAGUGCCACACGUUGAAGUCUGCGAGGGAGACUCGUGCCACCGUCGGCCCGCUCGUCCCGGAGUCAACGUACGUGGUCGCCGUGAGCGCUUACAAUCUGCAGGCCGACCGCCACCGGUGGAUCGAGAGCAGUCCCGAGACCAUCACCGUCGAGACGUUACCAGAAGCGCCGCCCGCGCUUCGCGCCCUGGACGUGCGCAUGGUGAGCGCAGACUCGGUGGAGACCAACUGGGAGUCCCCGGCGCCUGGCGUUGUGGGCUACGUGGUCGCCUGGUGCCAGAACCAGCGCUGCUCCGAGAAGACUGUUACGGCUACGCGCCUUAUCAUCCACAACCUACACGCUGACAGCGACUACAACGUCAGUGUGGUGCCCUUCCGAAUGGACAGCCAGAACAACAAGGUGCUUGGGCCUCUCACCACCAAGCAAGUCACCGUCACUGAUAGCAUCGAUGCUGUUAUGGCCGACAGCUACCUCAUAGGGACCAUCGUGUGCUCGGUGAUCAUCACAGCAUUAGGUCUUGCCGUAUUCGUCGUCUGCCGCAGGAAGAAAGGAACGGGUCCCCAGCUUUACAAGAGGAUGAGCUCCUUGGAUAACGACGACGAUGACAUCGUUUUUAUGAAGACGGUUCCCAGGCGGACUUAAAACCUGCGGGGACAUCCGCCAAGUCUACAAGAAGAAAAAUUCUCACGUAUUCUAUGUUAUUGCACACCUCGAAUCUUCAUUCUGACCUUCAAUCACCGAAACCGGUUGCGUGAGAUCGAUUCGUAUCCGAACAAGUGACGUCGCAAGAGAGCGAUAUGUGCCGGGAUGAAAACUUAGCAAAACGCCGUGCAAAGACAGUUCGUUAAAAUAAGCUACUGUAAAAAACAAAAAAAGUAAUUGUCAACUCGUAGCAAAGACACUACUGACGCACAUGCGUCGCCCCCCCCCCCAAAAAAAAAGAAAACCUUAAAAGGUCACAAAAUAUAGAAGCGUACAUUCUCGUCAGAAUAGAAAGGUUCAAAUAACGCAAUAAUCUAUAAGGUACGAACGAAAAAGAAACAUGAACAAAAAAAAAUAA